GCGGGAAGUUUGGUAUUGGAGAUUUCUCGGCGGCUCCAGUAGCAGAUUAAUAAACACAAUUGAUCAUUGAGUUCAGCGACCUAAACGAUUUCAUUUUACUCAGAGUUAACGUAUUGUGAAGAAGGGAAAUGCUCGAUAUAUGGCUGAGGGAGAACUGUACAAGUUAUGUAGGUUGAUGGUCGUCUGAACAUGAUCCAUCAAUCAGCAUUGGAGUAGCUAACGUUACCUACGUAGAACGUUGCUUUGCAUCACCAUGUAGGUUCACAUACUGGUGGUCUGGAACGUUGCAGGCGUUUCUGAAGACAUCUCGAGCCAGCUAAACGAAAGGACACCAGGAUGAGCAAACAAGAGAAGAUGGAAUUGGAUCUCGUAAUCCCAUCAACACUAGUUCAGAGCGACGGACACCUGAGACGAUCCAACAGCGCCCCAAUGAUUAAUGGCUUAAGUGAUAAUUCCCAGGUUUUCCACAGAGAGAUUCUACGCAGCAGGAGAAACAGCACCACUGUUGUCAACCGCCCUAAUAUGGUCCCUUCAUCGCCCAUUCGCGUCCCCAGCACAAGGCUUCAUCAGAUCAAACGGGAGGAGGGUGUGGAUGUGAUGAACAGAGAGACAGCCCAUGAACGGGAGGUUCAAGCAGCCAUGCAGAUGAGUCAGUCCUGGGAGGAGAGUCUGAGUCUGGUGAGAAAUGAUGAUGCUCCCAUGAGUGACAAUGACUUUGAGAAAUCUGCAUCGUCGUCCCCAAAGCGCAUCGACUUUGUGCCUGUGUCCCCAGCACCAUCCCCUACAAGAGGGAUAGGGAAGAAGCAGUGCUUCUCCCCUUCAUUGCAAAUUCUGGUGAGCAGCAAUGGCCUAUCCCCCAGCCCUAUACCUAGCCCAACGCGGCGCUUCAGCCGGCGGAGCCAAAGCCCCAUUAACUGCAUCAGGCCCAGCAUCCUGGGGCCCAUAAAACGUAAAGGGGAGAUGAUGGAGGUGGAGAGCCAGCCAAAGAGGCUCUUUCAUGGAACCACCACCAUGCUGUCCUCUGAUUUGCCUGCUCCCCAAGUCCAACUGACAGACUUCAACUCCUGUCUCUGUCCGCCAGACGUGCUAGACGGCAGCCUCAGCAGUGUGGGUUCUUCCACUGGCUCGCCAGCCAAGAUGGAGGGAGUCUCGGAGUGUCCUUCCUCCAGCAACUAUCCCUUCACCCCCCUCCACGACCACUCCCCAAAAUAAACAAGGGAACAUGAGACUCUAAACGAGGGUGAAGAUGAGGCACAAAAGCCACCUUGGCUGUAUGAGUUUCCUUCAGACUCACCCAUUUCACUUUUCUUUAGUUAAUGUGGGAUUCCCUUCCCCUGCUGGUUGCUUUCGCUAGGCUGUUUGCUAGGGGAGGAGAGAAGGUGUGUGUUUGCAUUGAAAGGAAACCAAAGCCUUGGAUGUGUGCUGUGUGGACGCACCAUGCUGUAGUAGGCCCUAGUAAGAGUAGGGAGUGAUUGUGGAUGCUAUGUACACCAGCUGCUAGAUAUAGGUCCUUUACAUGGUGCUGCUUAGCAACACAGUGGUCGGAACCACCAUGUCUUUUACCCUGCAUCACAUCACCAUGUCAGCUCCCAGCCACAGUACUGGGUGGAAAAUUACUGCCAGGAUAUGGAGAAAGACCUCCAUUAAGUCUGUUUUCUGAAAAAAUCUCCAAGCCUUUUGGUGAAUGUGCACAAAAUUGUCUGCAGACAUUGUAUGAAUGAAAGGAUUAAACUUGUUUUUCCCGCUUUAUAUAAUUUUGUAAGUAUGUACAUAAUUGUCAAUUUAUUAUUAUUAUUAUUAUAGGUUUGUGAUUGGCCCUGUGCCCGUAUGAACCGCACAGCUUCAACAGUGAACGGACAAUUCCCUCUAAACAGAGCGGAUUAGGAAUUCUAUUCCCUUAAUUCUUCCAGGGGUGCGAAUAUGGUCGUUCUCUACUCGUCCUUGUACUGUAAGAGAAGAAAAUGGUUAUCCUCAGUAGUACUUAGAUGUAGGGGAUCAAGGAACUGUCAUUCUGGUUGAUGCUCUACCUUUUUGUUAGCCCUUAAUCUAGUCCUUCACUGGCAUGCUGCAACUAUAGUUGCCAAUGAGUUGGGUAAUGUCACGUCCACCCAUUGUCCUUGCAGAUUGUACUAGGGGAACGGCACGAGAGGGGGCUCUCAGGAUUGGAACACGAGAGACUCCGAUCUCUGAAUCCUGUGUCUUUGCCAAGGCAUUGCUAUAGACGUGCAGCCAAAUUAGUUUUCACUUCAGAACCUUUUUAUGAAAUAAAUUGUUUUCUUGUUUGUUGGAGCCAUUUAUGUAAAUUGAACAGAUUUAUUUUUUUUGCCUACAUAAUUGCAUUUGUUGGUACUAAAUAUUAGAAUAGCUCAACCUGUUCUCCUUUGUUCCCUGAAAUGAAAUCAAUAGAAUUGUUUAGGACAAGCACACUGGUGCAUGGAACAAAAUCAUGCCAUUAUAUUUAAAAAAGGGACAUGUGUUGUGUCCAUAUACUGUGGUCAACAUUUGUCAUAGCUUUUAGUGCAUAAUGUUACACUGGAUGUGUUGUUUAUGAAUAAAAUGCGCAAUGAACAUUCGUAAGCAAUACCAAAGAUUGAACAGGGGAAAUGUAAAGACAAACUUAAGUUUUCUCUGAAAAUCCAGUUGUACACUGAUUCACAAAUGCAUUUUUAGACCAUUUGUAAAACAUUUGGGCUAAAGUCAUUUCAGUUCAACCUGUACGAAUGGUCUCUUAAAUUGAUUUCUUAGUUAUUUUUCCUGUCAUACAAGGUAUGCCAUUGUACAAAGGGAGUGUGAAACUCCACUUUGUCAUAUACAAGCAAGAGUGAUUGUAAAUCCUUUUUAUGGAAGUAAGUCAUUGAUUUAAAAAAAAUCUGAAAUGAUGAAGUUUUGAAUACAGAAUGUUUUUUCCCUUUGUUUAUUUAGAAAAAUGGCAGCCGGUCAUUCAGGUCUGCUUGCCCUGCUGUCAAUAUGAUUGGAGUGAUUUUAUUGCUGUCCAUGUUUUAUUUUGUCCUGUUCAUUUUUCAAUGUCUGCAAUAUGUCUACGGCAUGAGAUGGGCAGAGUAAAUCAAAGUGUUUAUGUACGUGAUGGGACGGUGGUAGACUAGUUAGACCACCAACCCUUUGCUCGUGUCCCUCGCUGGACUGAAACAUUUCCCCUGUGAUCCUUUCAUAUCAAAGACAUCUAAGCAGGAAAGGGUAAAUAUGUUUGUCUAAUAUUUCCAUUCAAUGACUGGUGUUCAGCUUUGUUGUUGAUAGACUUGUUACAUUUUUUUUUUUUUUUUUUAAAUAUAUAAUUGGGCCCUCUUAAUAAAGCAUUGGAUUGACAAUU